AUGGAACAUUUCGAUGUCGCAGUUGUUGGACUCGGGGUUCUUGGAAGCGGAGCAGCGUACUAUGCUGCCAAAAAGGGCGCCAAAGUGAUUGCAUUCGAACAGUUCGAGCUGGGCCAUGUGCGCGGAGCUUCCCAUAAUACCUCUCGCAUCGUCCGCACUUCGAACUUCGCCCCGGAAUACGUGGCCCUCGCCAAAUCGGCCUACAAGGACUGGGCCGAGCUGGCAAAAGUCACCGGCUACGAGAUGUUGACUACCACCGGCGGCGUGGUCUUCUUCGGCCCAGAUUCCCCGACACCAGCCAGCGACUUCACGAGAAGUCUGGAUACUCACAAUAUUCCGUAUGAGCUGCUCGACGCCCAGGAGGUGAAGAGCCGAUGGCCUCAGUUCAACAUUCCCGACAGCGUGUCUACAGUGUACACAGCCGACUCGGGCAUCGCCCACGCUGCUAGGACCGUCAGCACGCUGCAAUCUCUGGCGCGUUCCCACGGCGCCAUUUUGAAAGACAACACCGCGGUGGACCGCGUUACUCCCCAGGCCUCCGGUGGGGUCAUAAUCGAGACUCCAAAGGGACGAUUUCAAGCAGCCAAGGUGAUCCUCGCAACGGAUGCGUGGAUCAAUAAGCUCCUUGCUCCCCUGUCCGUGCACAUCCCCGUGUCUGUGAUGCAGGAGCAGGUGACAUACUUCAAGCCCACCGACGCAGCCGCUUUCGAGACGGACCGGUUCCCCGUAUGGAUCUGGCACGGGGCGAAUUGUUUCUACGGAUUUCCGUGCUACGGCGAGCCCACCAUCAAGGCUGGCCGGGAUUACUCCAACAAUCUCAUGACGCCGGACCAACGCACAUUCGUGCACUCGCCGCAGCUGCUUGAGCAGCUGGCAUCCUUUAUGAACGGCUUCAUCCCCGACAAGGAUCGCCAACCGCUUCGCACAGUGACUUGUCAGUAUACGAUAACGCCCGAUCGACGCUUCAUCAUCAGCCCGUUGGGAGAUUACCCGGACAUCAUUGUUGGCUUGGGUGCGGCCCAUGCUUUCAAGUUCGCCCCUGCUUUCGGUCGUGUUCUCGCGGAGCUGGCCGUCGAUGGCCGGACGAAUGAGGAUAUUUCGCAAUGGGGGAUUCCGAAAGCCGCUACUUGCAACGGCAAGCUCUGA